GACGGCGACGCAGCCCGCGGCAGAAGUUUGUGAUUGGCACAAUGGAAGAAGCUGGAAUGUGCGGGCUCGGAGUGAAAGCGGAUAUGUUGCAUAACUCUCAGUCCAAUGAUAUUCUUCAACAUCAAGACUCACACUGUGGUGGUACAAGUAACAAGCAUUCCUUGGAAGAGGAUGCACGCAGUGACUUUAUAACAAAGGGCAGGAGUUUGGUGAGCCCGACGUACUGCACACGAGAGUCACGGGAGGAAAUUCCUGGGCGAGAGGCUCGAACAGAUCCCCCUGAUGGCCAGCAGGAUUCAGAGCGCAGCAGGAACAAAGACAAAACCUUAGGAAAAGAAGUCUUAUUAUUGAUGCAAGCCCUAAACACUCUUUCAACUCCAGAAGAGAAGCUGGCAGCUCUCUGUAAGAAAUAUGCCGAUCUUCUGGAGGAGAGCAGGAACGUUCAGAAGCAAAUGAAGAUUCUGCAGAAGAAGCAAGCCCAGAUCGUGAAAGAGAAAGUUCAUUUGCAGAGUGAACACAGCAAGGCUAUCUUGGCAAGAAGCAAGCUUGAGUCUCUUUGCAGGGAACUUCAGCGUCACAAUAAGACGUUAAAGGAAGAAAAUAUGCAGCAGGCCCGAGAGGAGGAAGAAAGACGGAAAGAAGCCACUGCACACUUCCAGAUCACUUUGAAUGAAAUCCAGGCACAGCUGGAGCAACAUGACAUGCACAAUGCCAAGCUCCGCCAGGAGAACAUCGAGCUGGGCGAGAAGCUGAAGAAGCUCAUUGAGCAGUACGCGCUGCGGGAGGAGCACAUUGAUAAAGUAUUCAAACAUAAGGAACUGCAGCAACAACUUGUGGACGCCAAACUGCAGCAGACGACACAGCUGAUAAAAGAAGCUGAUGAGAAACAUCAGAGAGAGAGAGAGUUUUUAUUAAAAGAAGCAACGGAAUCAAGACACAAAUAUGAACAAAUGAAACAACAAGAAAUACAACUAAAACAGCAGCUUUCUCUUUAUAUGGAUAAGUUUGAAGAAUUCCAGACUACCAUGGCAAAAAGCAAUGAACUGUUUACAACCUUCCGGCAGGAAAUGGAAAAGAUGACAAAGAAAAUUAAAAAACUGGAAAAAGAAACAAUUAUAUGGCGGACCAAGUGGGAAAAGAAUAACAAAGCACUUCUGCAAAUGGCUGAAGAGAAAACUGUCCGAGAUAAAGAGUACAAAGCCUUUCAAAUAAAACUGGAACGGCUGGAGAAGCUGUGCCGGGCUCUGCAGACAGAGAGGAACGAGCUCAACGAGAAGGUGGAAGUGCUGAAGGAGCAGGUGUCCGGGAGGGUGGCAGGUGGAGGCCCAGCGCCACCCGAGGCCCAGCCCUGCGCCACCUCAGCUUUGCCUGAGGAGUCUGGUGCCACCUGGCCAAGUGCCGCCCGGGUUAUCCCUGAGGCCGGGUCCCUGGGAGCCGGGCCCGGCAUCGAGUCAGUUGACUGA